GCGGUUGCAGGCGCGCACAGUGAGAGGAAGCGCACCCAGGUUUGCGCCAUAUGGCUGUUUGUCCUUCCCAGUCCUCCUCCUGCUCACGCCAAAAACAAAAAAGAAAAAAUCCAAUACAAAGAAAUGCGCCUGUCUCGCAACUCCACGUUAAACAGUACCGUGUCCCUUUAAAAACGUCUGACAAAAAAGCCCAUAUGAUCCCCGUGCUCCAAUCACCAAUUCCUUCUGCAAAAGCAGCCUCUGCAUUUUUGUCUGUCUGAAUGCUACAGCAGCACGGGGGUAAAAAGAUUGAGGAUAAGGCAAAGACUGAAGAAAUGUGACAAUUCAACGGUCAGUUUCAUGGCGAAGGGAAAACUGGUGCGAAAGGAGUUAUUCUGGGACUCCUUCGAGCCUCGAAACGCUGGAUCAAAAUGCUCAUAGUGGAGAAGACAACAGACUUCCCCUCUGCUGAGUUCUCUCUGGUAGAGGAUGUGGCUCUGCACUUCACCUGUUUGAUGGACAGGCUGAACGAGCAGCGCCUCUUCCAGCCUGACCUGUGUGACGUCGACAUCGUUCUGGUGCGUCAGCACAGCACCUUCCCGGCCCACAAGGGCGUGCUGGCGGCCUACAGCCCUUUCUUCCACUCUCUUUUUGCCCAAAGCAAACAGCUGCGGCGGGUGGACCUGUCACUGGAUGCACUGACCUCACAGGGCCUGCAGCAAAUCCUCAACUUCAUUUACACCUCCAAACUCCUGGUGAGCAGCCGUACUGUCCGCGACGUGCUCAACGCCGCUACCCUGCUUCAGAUGAGCGACAUUGCGGCCUCCUGUCGCGACCUCAUCAGUAGCCACUCGCUGAGAACCACCUGCGCAGAUAUGGCCAGUCAGGAAGGCCUGGGUGGCGGUGAUCCAGCUGCUGUAGCGAUACCCCCAUGCCAACUGUACCCGGAGAUCAAACAGGAGUCAGAGCUUGGGAGGGUGUACAAGAGGGAAGGCAGCAGCCCGUUCUCUAUUAGAGUGGAGGAGGCAGGCAAGACGGCCUCCCAGCAGAAGCAGUCUUUGUGCAAAGCUGAGAGCAAUGGAGAGGAGUCAAAGACAGCAGAUGGCCACAUCUCCUUCAACAGAGACCAGAUCAUUGUUGAAGUUAACCUUAACAACCAGACCCUUAAUGUGUCAAAGGGAUCCGAAGGCAAAUCGGCGACCGCCACAGAGACAGCCACCAUCUUUGGUCAUUGCCAUGACAACGAGAGAGAUUCAGAAGACGAUGAGGAGAAUGAGGCGGAUAAUGACGACACAGUUGGAGAAGAAGAUGACGAUGACCUGAAGAGCACGGACAUCCUUGGGCAGAGCAGUGAGGAGGACGAUGAGGAGGAAGAUGAGGAAGAGGAGGAGAACACCCUAAACAUUCCAGGCUUGGAGCAGCCGGUCUUGAUGGAUCGACCUCGCAGGGGCACCAGAGCCUUUGCCAUGGUGGGUACAACUGCAUCCAUGCGGCAGACACUGACAGAGGGCACGCUGGCCAAUCAGCGGCAGGGCGGGAAGAGGACGCUGGAUGCGGAGGGCCUGGGCCAGAAAGUGAGGCUGGAGGAGAAGCAACAUUUCCCGUGCAAAAAAUGCCCCCGUGUCUUUAACAACCGCUGGUACCUGGAAAAACACAUGAACGUCACUCACAACCGCAUGCAGAUCUGCAAUAACUGUGGGAAACGCUUCCUGCUGGAGAGCGAGCUGCUGCUGCACCAGCAGACUGACUGUGAGAAGAGCAUCCAGUGUGUGACAUGUGGCAAAGCUUUCAAAAAGCUGUGGUCGUUACACGAGCAUAACAAGAUCGUCCACGGCUACGCUGAGAAGAAGUUCUCCUGCGAGAUCUGUGAGAAGAAGUUUUACACCAUGGCUCACGUCAGGAAGCAUAUGGUCGCCCAUACGAAGGACAUGCCGUUCACCUGUGAGACAUGCGGGAAGUCAUUCAAGCGCAGCAUGUCCCUGAAGGUUCACUCUCUGCAGCACUCAGGAGAGAAACCCUUCAAGUGUGAGAACUGCAGUGAACGCUUCCAGUACAAAUACCAGCUGCGUUCCCACAUGAGCAUCCACAUCGGACACAAGCAGUUCAUGUGCCAGUGGUGCGGAAAGGACUUCAACAUGAAACAGUACUUUGACGAACACAUGAAGACACACACUGGAGAGAAGCCGUACAUCUGUGAGAUCUGUGGGAAGAGUUUCACCAGCCGGCCGAACAUGAAGCGCCACCGCCGCACCCACACCGGGGAGAAGCCCUACCCCUGCGAGGUGUGCGGCCAGCGCUUUCGUUUCUCUAACAUGCUCAAGGCUCACAGGGAGAAAUGCUUCCACGUCAGCAACCCCAUGGUUACAGACGGCAACAACCCCCUCGGCCUCGACCAGCCUCUGGCCUCACCCGCUGUGGACUCUUCUGGUCAGGUGCAGCUGGGGGCAGCGCUCCCUGCCACAUCUGUGACCACACCCACUGCUGCCUCUAGCCCACACCCCCUCCAUGGCACCCAGCUGUCCCUCCCCCUGCUGCACUCCAUGGGGGGGCUGCCUCCCACCCCUCAUUUACCCCCACCGCCUCCCCUGUUCUCUGCCGGUAGGAUGAACUCCAACAACUAACAAAUCUCUGUAGCAUCUAAAGCACUUUUGUUACUUUGUUUUUCUUAGAGCAUUUAAGAGGACUCCUGCGGCGGGAGAGUGAUGCACCUCAGUGACAUUUACACUGAGGAGAAAAACUGACUGAAGGCUACACGGAGGCCUCAUAAAAAACACACAUACACCUACCACAAUAAGAAAAAGUUAUUUUUUACUCUGUUAAAUACAAUAGAUAACCUCAGAGUCCAGUAGGACAUGUUGUCACAACGCUUCUCCUCAUGAAUUUCACAACUCUGUUCUGGUUUCAUUUGGGAUUUUCCACUACCACACACAUCUCUCCAGAGCCUUGCACAAUGCAUUGAUUGUAGCAUCUUUUUCAAAGUGGGAGGAAGAGUAUCCUAAAUCUUAACUUGUACUGGGGUGAUCAAUCGAGUCAGAACCACACUAAGAUGACAAAAAAAAUGUUUUAUUUUUGAUCGUUCCCUGCCAAGAUGUAGCGAGUGGUUCUGGUCCAACCCAGCAAUAACCAAAUGCUGAUUUGUCUUUGAGCAUAUACAUGUAUAUGGCAUUGCCAAUAACCAAAUCCUGUUAGCUCACCCGCUUUAGUUAGAUAAUGUUACACAGCAUUUAUAAUCGAUCCUGCACCUUACAUUUACCUCUAGUGAUAUUUAAAAUAUACUCCUAAUUGUCUUCAUUUUUAUAAUUGUGAUAGCGUGUAAUUUGUGACCUGUUACGUCAGUUUGUAAGGACGUAAGAAAAGUUGUGACACGUGGAGAGUCGGCCGUGCAAUGCAGCGUGUGGUGUUUGUGACUGUGUGUGUGUGUGUGUGUGUGUGUGUGUGUGUGUGAGUGAGAGAGAUGUGAAGCAGAGACGGGAGAUAAUGAUCUACGUUCAACUAAUCAACGCUUGAGCUUCCCUGAUUCAGGAGAUGGAGUAAUUUGUUGACUGUCAUCUUUUGCUUACAUUAAGCAGGCGCACCCUUCUCCUGUAGAUCUGGCUUUGACACGAUAUCGCACUAUUCUGUACUACUUGUAAAACCUAAUGUACUGACCUACAGUAUAUUUGUAGGUUUAAAAUCAAAUGUCAGUGUUACCUUCCGCCUCAUGUCCAAACUAAACCCAAUCUGUGUAAUUAGUUUCCAGAAUAUUAAGAGUGUAGGUGUAAAAAUCUUCACAAAAACCUGCUUACGUAGCUGAUUGAGUGUGCACAUUUCAUCAGGAUGUAUAUUGUGAAAUGAUAAACAUUAUAUCCCAAUGCCUAAAUCUCUCAAAGAGCACUGAUAGUGAUUAGUGCAUCACUAAAAGGGCUCCUUAUGAUUACAUCACUAUUAUCCAUAGUCAAUUUUUUAUAACAGGGAUCUGUAGAAGGUGAGCAAAGUUAGGGACAUGCAGUAUGUAAAACCGCCCAAAAAUGUGUGGCUCAACGUGCACUUUUGACAUUUUUGUCAUGAACCUACUGGCAGUAGAACUGAAAGAAUAUAAUCAAAUCAUUGUCAGUAAAAAGUUCUUCUCUUAAAGGAAUAGGGAAAUACACUCAUUUGCUGUCUUGCCGAGAGUUAGAUGAGAAAAUCUGAAGCUCCGGCUAGCAGCUGAUGGAAACAGAGCUCUGUCUGAAGGUUAAAAAAGAAAUCACCUAGCAGCCCCUCUAAAGCUAACUAAUUAAAAUGUUAAAUCUUGUUUGUUUUAUUGUACAAAAAACAGAGUAAAAACACCAAUUUGUGGUUUUACUACUUUGGUUUUUGUUCAGUUAUUGAAAGACAGGACAUGGGGAAACAGCUUGUGUUUUAACACUCAGUAAAUCCCAAUUGUUUGUUUUUACACUUAGGUUUUUGUACAUAGGCAGAUCUUUUUACCUAUGGGCAGAGCCAGGCUAAAUGUGACACCUUGUUUCUUGUCUUUAUGCUACGCUAAGCGUCUGCUCAUCUUGGAUGGACAGAUAUGAGAGUGGCAUCAACCUUCUCAUAUAACUCUGCAAGAGAGCAACAAAGCAUACUUGCCAAAAUGUCAGAAUAGUCCUUUAAAAUCUGACAUUUCAAUCAAUUAAAUCCAAAAAGACUCUGUGCACUAUCGAUGCACUCCUGCUCACUUUAUCUAUAGAUAGCCUACUUGUAGUUUAGCAUUAACCUGUAAAUAUUGUUAAGGUAUGUUUCCUUCUUGUGAUUAAUUCCUCAUGUUUACAUUUGGAGAGUCAGUUGAAUGUGCCCCCACGUGUGUCUUGGCUGGUACUAAGUUGGAAUUUGUGGAUAAGCUUUUGUAAAUGUAAUAAGCUGUUUUUUUUGUUUUUAUUUAAUAGGCAAAUUUAAGCACCUUAGUGUAGUCUUAAGUCUUCGCUCACCCUACUUACAUGUAUUUCUUAUAAACUGCCAUUGUUAAAAAGCUAGGGCCACAUCAGAUGUUAUUUGAUAAUGGUACUUUCCUUGUGUGUCUAACAUAUGUUUUGUACUUUGAUUUGCUGCUUUUGUACAGGGUCCAGUUUGAAACUGCCCUUUAAAUGAAAAGUAUAGAGCUGUUAAAUUGUUGAAUAUAUUCUGGCUUUGAUAAAUCCAAUUUAGCCUUACUGGACAAUUGAACUCCAGGGUCAGAAACAAGCUUCAGUUUAGACAUUUUCAGCAGUUUGAUGAGGUAACUGCCAGCAUCUUCUACUCAUCUAAGGUUUGAUGAGGUCAUUGGUAGAUAGGGCUUCUGGUUGUUGACAGAAAGAGGACUAAAGGCAACGUGGCACACAAACAUGGACUGUUGCUCUCUUGUGGCAUCUUUGUUAACUGCACUCUGUUAGUAAUCGUACACUUAAGAAAGAGAAAAGCCUCCCUUAAGAGUACACUAUCAUUCAUUAAAGAUGGCUAAGAUAUAUUUUCACACUUUACUGUUUUAAGAAGCUCUAGCCCAAGAGACAAUACUGAGAUACUGUGGUUAUAGUUUGUGUAUUCGCCUUACUUGGAGGGAUUUGAAUGUUUUUGUGUUAAGGAUGAUGGUAGUAGCUAAUGGUAAAGGAGAAGAGAUAGUAGGUUAUACUACUGAUUUAUGCACUUUGAAUUUGAUUGCCACACUAGCCCAUAAUGGGGAACAUGUAUGCAGAUACAAGGUAAAAAAUAGGUAGCAGAUAUGUGUACUGGAAAAAAAUAUUUCCAACAUUUCCAGGAAAAUCAAAAUUCAAAGGCAUACGUUAUAUUUAAAAGUACUGUGUGGAUAUUGAUACUUUAAUUGAUAUACUCUACAAAUUGCAGUCAAUUUCUUUGAGUUAACUGUUCAAAUGUUAUCAGAGUUUGUGGUUGGUAAGUUGCAGAAGCGGCCUGACCUGUGUUUUGUUACCUAGAAUAACUUAUUCGCUGUGGUGUGGAGUCAGCGCACCUAAACUGGUGUUUCAGUCUGCCUGUUUGGCACUGUGCACUUUUUAACAAGUGUUUGUGACACCUUCCUGAGGGUGCACAUAGUGCAGCUGUGGCUGUUUUUGGUUGGUUCUCCUAUCACUAACAAAACCCGAGAAACUACCAGUUUGCUCCUUUUGAAAGGUCUUAAUAUGUUUAUAAUUAUUUCAGGCCAUAAGAAAGUGUAAAGGAAGGUGUCAGUUGCCAAAUUAAGUAAUGACAAAGAUAUUCAUUAUUGUGAGCACUUUAUACUCCAGUUCAGCUAGCAAGGUUUGAAGGCUGAUACAGUUGCAGUUAUUUGAAUUGAAAUGUGCUGAUGGCAGGUGUAUGUUUUUAAUUUUUAAUUUUUCCAUGGUAUAAGAUAAGAAAUUACAAAAAUGCAGUCUCCUUGGCAGAUGUUCAGUAUUCUGAAACAAUAUUUUUUUUAUACCAGAGGGACAUCAGAACGGUUUGUUCAGAGCCUACAAAAAUUGAUCCUACUGUAUGUACCUGCUUGAAAUCAGAUUGAAAUAUUAUACUAGAAUCUAUUGCGAGCCUCCAAACCUGUGUGGUAUUAUUCACUUGCUGGUAUAGUAAAUCAAACAUUAUUUUCGAGGUGAAUGACACUGGGCAGAUGGGUCAGAAUUUUUGAAGGGCUGUAAUUUAUGAAAUGAUAAUCCUAAAUUGUCUGUUUUACCACACUUUGCCCACUGUAUUACAUAUAUAGUUCAUGACACAGAGUUCAGAGGAAGUGAAGAGAGUUAUUAGGCUAUGAAAGUCUAAAUCCACCCUAGAAAGCAUGGUUUAAAUGUUAAUCCUUUGUCUUGGAUUAAUGGUGAACAAGUCUUCCCUAAAUCCAGCUGCAAACAAGAAAAAACCCAUCUGUGACUUCAUCAAAGUGAUUUAAUUACACUUAAUCAAGCUGUACAUUAAUAAUGUGUCAAAGACGAACAUUUAUGCACUGACAUCUCUCAAAUCCUAAAAAAAGAAAAUAACAAGGACAUUUUUAAACAUUAAUUUUUAAAUUUAAUGGCAGUAAACUGAGAUUCUACAUACUGAGAAGGGAAAUUUUGCACAUUGUUUUAGAGUCUUAUAUUCAAGGCAGCCUUAGUAAAUUCUCCUUUACUAAGGCUAAUAGCCAAAGGCUUGUAUUAGAUUAAGCAAAGGUGGACCUGCCCUUGUCCUUAAAUGAGGGUUUGUUAGUGAUUAAGUGGGUGCCUAGACACAGUGACAGUGCAUUCUGCACUGCACCCAAAGCAAAUGUUUCUCACAUAAUGAAGCAUUGAGCAUGGCAGUUGGUACAGAGAAGAGUGCUCACGCAAUUGCCAAGUUGGUGUCUCUACUGGGACUUGUAGUUUUGGGUUUAGCUUCUAGAGCCGAAGUGUGUAUCAAAAAGGAUUUGAUUGUGUGGCCUUCCGCUUCAAGAAAAGUGUUGGGAAUAUUGCUGUCUUAUUUUAGUAGCAGUUACUGAAGUUCCAUGACGGUAUUGGAGAGAAAGUAUUAUAUGUAUGUAAGAAUCUAAGGAAAAGUAUUUCUUUUUUUAAGAUUGGAGGAGCAGUUUUUUGUUGUUUUUUAUGGAGCCACAAAACAAGCAAAAGGUUAUUAGAUGAGUCAAAAAUAUAACUGAAUAUGUCAAUAAAUGUUAGUUAAUUACUAAAAUGGAGUGUAAAAAUAUUCUGCGGUAAUAGAUUUUGGUCUGUUGGUCAGACAAAACAAGACGAUUGAAGAUGUCACCUUUGGUGCCGGGAUUUUUAUUUGAUUUAUUUUUUUGCCAAAAUUUUAUAGACAGACAAUAAAAAAACAAAAAUUGCAAGAGUGGGAUGAUAAAACUCAGAAACAUAUCAAAUAUUCAAGCUAAUGCUUUAGCUACUAUUACACAAGUUUAUAAAGUGACAAGACAGAGGUAUAGUUGAGUAUAUGGAUGAUUAACAUUACAUGUACUGGCUGCUGUAGUUUAAUGAAGUAGCUAGGUAACAAUGCAGGUGCUCAGUUUGUUUAGCCACCAGUGUUGUCAGUUAAGAUAGCCAGCCACACAGUCCUCUAAAAAGAACGUAAAUUAUAAUGUUUAGCUGUUUUUACCAACUGUUUUGAGGUUAAAGUAAAAUUCCUUUUUACCUCUAUUUAAAUGUUUUUACUGGCAGUAAUAUUCAAUAUGUGUAUUCAGUUGUAUUUUUUAAAUCAGUCUUUCACUACAAUUGGUCAGUUUCUGGGCUCCAUAGAAACUACAACAUAAAAUUGGAAAACAAGUGUUGUUGGUUAUUUUGCAUGUGAAAGUUUGGUUAGCUGUUCUAAUGAAUUUGUUCAAUUGUGAUGUUUCAGCUUUUUGAGCAAAGAUACAUGUGAUAUUAACCAGGGGCACCAAUGCCACAGUUAAUUCAGAUGAAGAUGUAAAUCCACAUACCCUCUACAUUUUCCAUACUCACUCACACUGCAGUUGUGUUAAAGAAAUCAUAAUGUGUACUGUUAUUUGCUGAUUCUCUACAUUAUAAUGUAAACACUAUGUCUUAGUUAACUCUGGUGUACAAAGACCAUGUGUAGGCAGUAGUUGUCCAGUUCAGCUAUAUUAAAAUACUAAAAACCGUACAAGGACAUUAGUUUCUAGAGGUGCUAAUAACAUUAGACUGUAUUUUCUGUCUUUUAUUGUAUUAUUGACUAGUGUUUACUGUCUGUAACACAGCAGAGCGUAAUGAAAUCAUUUCAAUAUUAAACAUUAUAGAUAUAUUAUUGCAAAU